AGUUGCAGAAGUACAGUGGCAGAAGGUCGGUUCCUCCGCCGCGUGGUUAGGAAAUUCGUGCGGCGCUAAGCGUAUAAUGUCGCGGCGCGUUGUCGUCGUGUUAUCGCGUGACUCGAACACGUAUUUUAGAGACUCUGAACCGUUCGCACAGUACAGUAACACCUGAAAGAACAAAGACUGCUAAGCGGCAGUCUUCAGACAGUACCUUCUCAAGCAGCUGGUUAGCCUGCCCGGACUUUCCGUCACGAUGUCAACCCCGUCGAUAUUGAAGAAACGAGGUACUUCGACAUCGACGGGCGUCGUCGAGAACCGCGUGGUAUUCGACUUGCCCACCGCCGACGACAUCGACGUCCAAAUGGCGUUCACGGAAGCCAACAAGUCGAACGUCACGGCCAGCAACUACAGGCAGCUGAUCAACGUUCUCAAGUCAGCCGACACUGACGAUGAAGCGCUAGUGAGGUUGCUGAAGCGCAUCAAGAACUCCGCACCACUCGUCGAGGGGCACAAUGAUGAAGUUCUGGAUUGCGUCCUGAAAAUCAACCUGCUCAAAAGAAACGUUCGUGUUAUCGAGGCAUUUUCUCAGCUGGCCUGUGACAUGGUCUUCAUCCAUCCCGCAUUCCUCAGGAGCAUCGUCGUAUCUGUCCUGAACACCUUCAUGUCGCCAGAAGCCACAUCGAAAGACACACCGGAGCGUGACGAAAAACUGGAGAGGCUUCAUGCACUGUUCCGGCUUCUCUUCAAGCUUGUGCCGACGGCUCCCACAAGAUUUGUCGAGAUCCUCGCCGAGGUGUUUCCUUACAUGAAACGGGACGGUGUCCAGCAGGCCUCGCUCGUCGGGCACCUUCUGCGCGUGGCGUCGUACAUCCCGGACCACAGGCUGGAGCUUCUGCAGCUACUGACACACAAGGCACUGCAGAUCGAUCUGCACUGCCCUAAGGAUGAAAUCAACGAUGCUGAGCUCGAAGAUGAGGAUGACGCCAUGGAAGGAGAUGACAUCUUUGAAAUGGAAAAAGUCGAUGCAGCCGACUCGGAACGAAUGCAACAUCCUCUUGCUGACACGCUGGACCAGGUUCUAAACCAGUUCUACGUGCACUUCCAGCAACACUGCAAUGCCAAAGACGGCAACGACAUGACCAAGCUGGACUGGGAGAAGACGAAAGUGCUCUUCAAGGACUUCCUGACCAUCUUCGACAAGAUAGUCCUGCCGACGCACAAGUGCUGCCACGUGCAGUUCCUUCUCUUUUACCUGUGCAGCUUUCGACCCGCAGCCCUGGCUGUUGCUUUCCUGGACUACCUCUGGAAGAAAGUCCAGAACCCAGCCACAUCAUGCAUCAUUCGGCAGGCAUCAGCGUUCUACAUCGGGAGCUUUCUAGCUCGAGCGAAAUACGUGCCUCUCAGCACGGUGUGCGACUCCCUGUCCCUGAUGUGCCAGUGGGCGCACGGCUACGUGGCUUCGUUGAACGACGGCGGCUUCUGUCAGCACCAGCACGACGUCCUGCGGCACGGGACCUUCUACGCCGUCUGCCAGACCGUCUUCUACGUGUUUGCCUUCCACCACAAGGGCAUCGCAGACGGUGCGAAAGGCCUGCAGUACCUGCGAGAACUAAACCUGGAGGCGCUGGUGAUGUGUCCGCUAAACCCCCUGAAAGCCUGCCUGCAUGCCGUGGUCAAGCAGUUUGCCUCGAUAGCACGCCACUACCAGCUCGUCUACUGCUACAGUGUCAUCGAGCGCAACCAGCGGCUCGCCUUGCCCACGGCCAGCGGGGGGGACGCGCCCUACGGGGAUGCAGUCCUCGACGCAUUCUUCCCCUUCGAUCCCUAUGUGCUGAAGCGCACCGGCAAAUGGAUCGAUCCGCUGUACAGGAAGUUCGAGAAGUCCGACGAGGAGGAGGAUGCGGACUUGGAUGACGAACUCGAGGACGACGAAGACGAGUUGAUGUGCAAGUCCCCGAAGUCGCCGAACUAUGUCGCCGAGAUGUUCAGUUACGGCGCGUCGCCGGGCUUCAAGCGUAGCCUAUCUUUAAACCAUCACCGAUAGUAAUUGUAUACAGCUUGAAGAAGUAGGGAUUAUAUUGUUAUUGCUACCGGCGCGAAGCGACAAGGUAGAAUUCAAUGGUUUUUGUUUAUCUUUCAUUUUGCUGCUUUUGACGUCGUUGCAACGACACUGCCACUCGCGGACAAAAAGUCAGAUACGCAGUCAACUUCGAAGUGCGGCGACAGUGGCAUUAUGCGAAGGCGAUCUCGCUUAUUUCACUUCAUCAUCUUCUGUGACCAUAACCGAGAUAACUGCUUCCUGUGCGACACUGAAGUGUUGUAAUUUAUUCAGAAAUUUCUAGGAACUAAAAUGUAAAUAUUGAGAACUUUAAUUGUUGAGCUGCUAAUGGCAAACAGCUUGGGUCAAAAGUUUAUGGGAUGUGGUUUCUGUGAAAAAAAAAAAAAAACCAUUUCUUUUUUUAUUUUAGUACUUUCCGAAACCUGAUUUUUUAUUUGUACAGUAUAUAAGUGUGUGAGGCCUAUGUAAUAUUUAAUAAGCAUAGUACUUAACAGGCACAAACAAGGAAGGGUACGUUCACAUUAAACAUUUUUUACAAAACCUGCAUCUUGUAGUAAACUUAAACCCAGGCAUGGAAACCUGCAUUGCUAAGAGAAAAUAUGUACAUUUUGUGAAGCAAGCAAUCGUGUUCAGAAAACGUGAAUACAUUACUCGACGAGCAUGCCGCUCAUGCUUUUGCAAAUCUGGAACCUUGCUGUGAAAUAAAAAAAGGCUCAACAGAC